GCUGGGCUCUGGAUAGGUAGGGCGAACAAGAAAAAGGAGUUGGAUACGGAAGACCCUGCAUAUCCCAUGUCUACGGGUGUUUGCAAUUGACCAACUCACGGGCGUGCGGGAAAACGGGAAAGGGAAGGAAGGCAUCCAUUAAGCGCAUUGGCACCCCCUCCUGCCGAAUCAAUACACUCCGUACUAAUUUGAUACCAAGUAGCAUCGCGGCAGCGCGGGAAACAAAAGAAAAGAGAAGGAGAAAAUGAGUACCUAUCUAUCUGCCUGUGUCCGCCUGCCCUGCCCACACACUAGCACCGACCCCCCCCCUUCUCCUCUUCCUCGUACCCUUGACUGCUCAUCAUCAGUGGCGCUCUUUUGGCUUCUUCUUGUCCUCUCUCAUCGACCCUGUCUAUCCUACGUUACUCUGAUCUUAGCGUCUGUCGUUGGACUAGUCGGCUCGAAAGCUACUACUAGUCUACCU